AUGGACAAUAACAUUUUGGUUGCGAUGAGGGUGAGGAGUUGCAUUUUGGGUGGAGUCUUUUGUUUUGAGGGUUGGGUAGAAUAUAACGGUUGGAGGUGGAUUUGGGACGUUGUAGAGUUUUGUGAUGCUGGUGGUUCCGGAUGCCGCCCGCUUCCCUGCGUACUGAGGACAAUAUACAUAUUUCUUGCUGAUCGCCCUUGGCUCGAUGCAGUGCUCGAUGCAGUAUCAAUAAGAGCACCCUUCAGUCGUGGUCAGACUUCACACUCUAGUACCAUUAAAGAUUUUUUUCUAAAGCUACCUUGUAGUCUUGUAGAUGCAGCCAGUCUCAACUGUAUCGAGACCACGGUCUACAAUCCGUAUAUCGUGCCGAAAAGAGACAAAGCCUGUCCCAGACCGGGCUAUUUCGCCGAGGAGACUCCAGGAUUCCGGCGAGAGUUCGUCGUCAUCGCAGACAAGGCUGUGCUGAAAACCCCGCAGAGCGACCCUGAAGCAAGUAACUAUGUUAAACCUACCUUAGCGGGGUAUAUAUCAACUGCAGGUCAUAAUAACAGCAUUUCUGCAGAUAUCCAAAGCGGUGCUGUUUACAGUGAGAUGCCAUUGCUGCUGAUAAUUGGCCUCUGCAGCAGAAGUGGGUCUCUGCAGCAGAGGCCGGUCUCUGCAUAUAAACAGCAUUUACGAGAGACACCAGCCUAUUCAUACUACAUGCAGGCCACUCAGCCUGCCCUGUUCGCUUCCCUGCCUCCGCAAUACCUGCUAUCCAGCCAUCCAUUCAUCCAUUCACCAAGGCUUCGGUCCAUUGGAUCUUCUGCUGUUGGACGAGAGCUGAGCAUACCUAAUCAAGCUGAAUCAUCUCGCUUGUACACCGAAAGCUGA